GUGCAGAGGAAAUGCACCAGAUCAGCCAGAGGAGCCAGAGGACACACAGCAGCAAACACUCAACAUGUCAAGCCUUCAGAUUUGCCACUGUGGGUGGUCAAAAAUGACAACUUACCAUGGCCUAAGAACUCACCAGGGGAAGAUGGGAUGCACACCGAAGGGAAUGGGAAUACCGGAGAAUAAACAGUAUCUAUUCAAGCCGUAUAUCCCUGAAUUUACCUUCACAAUGCCUCCAAUCAAAAUAGAAGAGCCUUUGAUGAAUACUUACAACUUCAAGCCUGACUUUUCUGAAGAGAGGCCUCUCCUGGGUAGACAGAGGAAUGCAGGCAACAUGGGAUGCACUCUGAGAGAAAUUACAAUGCCAGAGUUUGACGCCAGGAAAAAUCCAAAGGACGAAUCUCGUCAACAGGACAGAGCUCCGAUCACCCAUACACCGAUUGCUCCAGCAUCCCUAAACCUCCCCAACCAAACCCUACCUGAUGCCGCUGUAAUCGGCAUAAUUAAAUCCUUGAUCGAAAAUCACCAACACUCUCCGCCAACAACCGCAAACGUGGAGGAAACUCAUCGAUCUCUUGGUUUCUCAUCUGGUUCACAGCCCUUCUGGAUGCCACUUUCUCAGACCUGCAGCAUCCAAACAACCUCUGCAACCCCUGAACCAGCAACGAAGGAGACAAACACAACAUUGUUUGAAACUCCACAACGCUCUCAUCAACCUGCCGCCGGCUUCAACAAAAAUCGCAGAGUGCUUGAUUUCUCCACUGGAGCGCAGCAGAUGGCUGACAUGUCUUGGAUGAUUCCAACAACGACACCCCAGGAAAACGUAUUGCAACCACAGGUCAAGGAAAAGGAGACAGAUAGAGAAGCUGAAAAAGUACUUCAGUUCAAGGCAAAAAAAGACAAGAUCAUCGCUGAUUUACUGCAGAAAAUCCAAACAAAGGAACAUAAGGUGGCUGAAGUCAAGUCAUCUGUCAAGGCCUGUAAGGGCGGCUUGGAUGCAGAGUGGUUAGAAAUCAACGAUGUGUUCUCAGAGGUGAUAAAAAUCGUGGAGGACGCUCGUCAGAAAGCGCUUCAACCAGUGGAGGACAGGAGGCAGAGAGUGAAAAGAGAAGCGCGUAAUCUGGUCACAAAACUGCAGGAAGAAAUUAACCGACUGAAAAGGAACAUGGAUGAGGUGGAAAAGAGCUCCGACUUAGAGAUGAUCAAAACAAUGGAUGGAUGUCGAGACUGGACCAGUGUAAGUGUUGACACGUCGUUCUCCUUUGGUACACUGAGAACAACAACGACAACCAUGAUGGAAGAAAUUCACCAAAAACUGGAUAAACUCUCCUCUGUAGAACUGAAGAGGAUUUCCACAUUUGCAGUGGAUGUAAAGAUGGACCCGACUACUGCACAUCCAUGUCUUGUUGUUUCCCAAGAUGGGAAAAAAGUACAAGAUGGAGGAAAGAACCAGCAAGUUCCCAACACCCCAGGGAGGUUCGAUGAGUUCGGCAGCAUCCUGGGGCUUGGCGGUUUUACUCACGGGAAGUCGUACUGGGAGGUGGAGGUGAAAAACAAGAGCGGGUGGGAUCUAGGUGUAGCAAGAGGCAAGUCAAACCGCAAGGGGAAACUGACCCUGAAUCCAGAUCAGGGGUACUGAGUGGUGGUUCAUUAUAAUGAUGAUAAGUACGCAGCUCUGACAGCCCCACCCAUCAGCCUGUCCCUGACCGACAAACCUCAGAGGGUGGGGGUGUUUGUAGAUUACGAGGAAGCUCUGGUGUCCUUUUACAACGUGACGACUC